GGUUGGAUAUUUUGGGAAUGAGUUCAUCAUUUAUCCCAACUACAGCUCGUAUUUGUUCUAUUCAUUUUAAAGAAGAAUCUUUUAAUAGAACAUGUUCAAUAACUCGACUUAGGCCAAAUGCAUUGCCUAGUCGAUCAUCUUCGGAAUCUACUGUUGAACAAUUUAUUAAUGAAAACGUUGAAACGGUAUCACAAGAAAUAAAUUAUUCGCCAAUAGUUCCAACAGAAUCAAUAGAUGUAAUCAAUGGAUCCUUAUCACCUAUAACAAAUAUUUGUUCACCACAAUCGGUAUCUAAAGUGGAUAAAACAACAAUGGUAUCACCUACACGAGUCUAUAAUUCUCCAGAAAAAUCUAGAUUACGAAAAAGAAUUAAAUUCUUGGAAAUACAACAUGCAAAAAAAAUGCGAUUUGCGCAACAAAAAAUACGACGGUAUAAGAAUCAAGUGAUCACACUCAAAGAAAUUUUAAACAAAUUAAAGAAUAAUCAAUUGUUGAAUGAAACACAAAUUGACAUCAUACAUAUGUUAGGUAAACCAAUAGGUGAGAUUUUUAAGCGAUUAAUUAUGCGAAAGAAAAAUGCAUGCGUACCUAAACAAUAUUCGCCGGAAAUACGUUCAUUUGCACUAACGCUACAUUAUUACUCUGCACGAGCUUAUGAAUAUGUGCGUGAUUACUUUAAUAAGUGCUUACCACAUGUAAAAACUCUUUCUUCUUGGUACAGAAGUGUUAAUGGAGAACCUGGUAUUAGUUCAGAAGCGUUAUAUUCUAUCACUGAACGUGUAAAAAAAUCAAAUUAUACAUUAUUUGGUUCUUUACUAUUUGAUGAAAUGGCAAUUCGAGAACAUUUAGAAUAUGAUGGUUCAAAAUUUAGCGGUUACAUUGAUUUGGGAGAAAACAUUGCUUGUGAUGAUACUAUCUUAGCAAAUCAAGUUUUAGUUUUUAUGAUUGUUUGCAUAAAUGGUGCAUGGAAAAUUCCAAUUUCAUAUUACUUGAUAAAAGGAAUGUCUAAAGUAAAUAAUUUCAUAAUCCAAUAGCACUCAACAAUGGUACUAGAUUUAUAUUUGUAU